AUGGCCCGGUUUCAGGAAUGCCUCAUUACCGGUGCGCCGACCGAAGAGAAGGACCAGAAGGUCAUUGCCGACACGCUCUUCACGUGGGCACGGGAGCGCGGCGCGAUCGACUUUUCCCACUGGUUCUUCCCGCUUCGAGGCGGAGGUGGUGCUGUGGGUGGAAUGCUGGGUGCAUUCAAGCAGGAUACUUUGAUGGAUCUCGAGUUCUCCUCGAAGUUCACGACUAAGCCGAUGAAGGCGUGCCUCCCGGCGGAGCGCCUGUUUCAGGGCGAGACGGAUGGCUCCUCCUUCCCCAAUGGCGGACUUCGUGUGACGCACUCGGCCGCGGCUUUCACCACUUGGGACCGUGCAAGCCCACCCUUUGUGACGAACAAGACGCUGUACAUCCCCUGUGCCUUCAUCACCCACUUUGGGAAGUGCAUCGAUGAGAAGACGCCUCUGUUGCGUUCGAUGGACGCUGUGAAGACUCACGGAUACCGGGCCAUGACUUAUCUUGUUGGGAGUAGGAUAUCGCUGGCUUUUCAAACAUGCUGUCAUCACCUACUCCUGGCCAUCGUGUGUACCUGGGUCCCAACCACCCUGCCUUUCCCAGAACUUUACAACGAGCUGAUAGCAAGGAGCUAUUUGGGGUCCAUCCUAGAGGCCAGAAGGUAA